AAGUUGAUCACUCUCAGUUUCAUACAAAAUGGGCGGUAAAGACGGCAUGUUCCGAUAUGCCGACAGCACCGACAAGCUGUUGAUGUUGUUCGGAGCUUUAGGCAGCAUCGGAGAUGGGUUACAGUAUCCUCUAAUGAUGUACGUUCUUAGCCAUGUCAUCAAUGAAUUUGGAAAUCCUAAUGUUAUUUUAAAUAAAGAAACAGUGGACAGAUACUCACUCAAGCUGCUGUAUGUUGCAAUUGCUGUUGGAUUUUCCGCUUUCGUCGAAGGAAUGUGUUGGACAAGAACUGCUGAGAGACAGACUUCUAGGAUGAGAACAGAAUAUCUGAAAUCUGUUUUAAGACAAGAAGUUGGCUUUUUUGACACACAAGAAGCUGGUACUUCCACUACAUAUCAAGUUGUUUCUACCAUAUCCAAUGAUGCUAAUGCAAUUCAAGUUGCAAUAUGCGACAAGAUACCUAACUGUCUUAUGUACAUGUCGACCUUCGUCUUCUGCCUCGGGACUUCCUUCGUACUAUCAUGGAAGCUGACAUUAGCCGCUCUGCCGUUAACAGUGAUGUUCAUCGUUCCGGGACUUGUAUUCGGGAAGCUAAUGAUGGAUACAAUAAUGAAGAUGAUUGGAUCAUAUGCAGUUGCUGGUGGGAUUGUAGAACAAGCAAUUUCAUCUAUAAGAACAGUGUAUUCAUAUGUUGCAGAAAGCCAUACACUAGACAGGUUCAGCAGUGCACUGCAAAACACAAUGGAAUUAGGCAUAAAAAUGGGUUUUGCUAAGGGCUUGAUGAUGGGCAGUAUGGGAAUAAUCUAUGUAGGUUGGGCUUUUCAGGCUUGGAUUGGUACUUAUUUGGUAACCGAAAAAGGCGAAAAGGGCGGAUCCAUCUUUGUAGCCGGAAUCAAUGUCAUUAUGGGAGGAUUGAGUGUUUUAGGUGCACUUCCGAAUCUAACUUCCAUCACAGAGGCAAAACUGGCCGCUACUCGUAUUUUCGAAAUGAUGGAUCGAAAUCCGAGUAUAGAUUCCGAAGACAAGAAAGGGAAGGCAUUGUCGUACGUAAGAGGAGAAAUAGAAUUUAAAGACAUAUAUUUUAGUUACCCAUCAAGACCUGAUACAGCAAUCUUUCAGGGAUUGAACCUCACAAUUCCAGCCGGUAGAACUGUUGGUCUUGUAGGUGGCAGUGGUUCAGGAAAAUCUACAAUCAUUUCAUUGCUUCAAAGAUUUUAUGAUCCAAUUGAAGGAGAAGUUCUGUUGGAUGGUUACAAAAUACGCAGACUUCAGUUGAAAUGGUUGAGAUCUCAAAUGGGUCUGGUUAAUCAAGAACCAGUUCUCUUUGCUACUUCUAUUAAAGAAAACAUAUUGUUCGGGAAAGAAGGAGCAUCAAUGGAUGAUGUUAUAAGUUCCGCUAAAGCUGCAAACGCUCACGACUUCAUCGUUAAGUUGCCGGAUGGAUACGAAACUCAGGUUGGCCAAUUCGGAUUCCAGAUGUCAGGAGGGCAAAAGCAGCGAAUUGCUAUAGCAAGAGCAGUAAUCCGGGACCCGAAAAUUUUGUUACUCGAUGAGGCAACGAGUGCACUUGACACACAAUCUGAAAGAUUAGUACAAGAGGCGAUUGAUCAGGCGUCGAAAGGAAGGACGACAAUCACCAUUGCUCACCGCCUUUCCACAAUCAGGACAGCGAAUGUAAUCGUGGUUCUUCAAGAGGGAAGAGUAAUUGAAUCGGGGUCUCAUCAAGAGCUGAUGCAAAUAAAUGACGGGCAGGGAGGAGAAUACAACCGGAUGGUGCAGUUGCAGCAGAUGGCAGCAGAAAAUGAAGCUCCAAAUGAUUUUAGUUAUAACAACGAUGAUCCGAGAAAAUUCAAUAAGAUGAAUGUUGCGCCAAGUCCGAUUAGUAUAAGAUCGACUGCUAAAAGCACUCCGGGGUUUCACCCUUUCAGCCCCGCGUUCUCCUUUGGCACCCCCUAUUCCUAUUCAGUAGCGUAUGAUCCUGAUGAUGACAGUGCGGAUUAUGGCCUCAAGGGAGCGAACUAUCCUGCUCCAUCUCAAUGGAGACUGCUGAAAAUGAAUGCACCGGAAUGGAGUACAGCUUUGAUUGGAUCCUUAGCUGCAAUAGGCUCUGGGGCAGUUCAACCCAUUAAUGCUUACUGUGUAGGAUCGCUUAUAGCAAAUUACUUCCGCACUGAUAAAUCUGCUAUAAAGCACAAAUCGAGGAUCCUGUCCUUUGUUUUCUUAGGCAUUGCUGUUCUCAACUUCAUCAGCGGUCUUCUCCAACACUACAACUUUGCAGUUAUGGGAGAAAAGUUGACGGAAAGAGUACGAGAGAAACUUCUCGCAAAGCUGAUGACUUUUGAGAUAGGAUGGUUCGAUGAUGACAAUAACACGAGUGCAGCAAUUUGUGCAAAAUUUGCAACUGAAGCCAACAUGGUUCGAUCACUCGUUGGAGAUCGAAUGUCAUUGUUGGUUCAAGCAAUUUUUGGUUCUAUUUUAGCUUAUGCAAUAGCACUUGUCCUGUCAUGGAGACUGGCACUUGUCAUGAUCGCGGUGCAACCAUUAGUCGUCGGAAGCUACUAUUUACGGAGUGUAUUAAUGAAAAGUAUGGCCGGGAAGGCGCAAAAAGCACAAAAAGAAGGAAGCCAAGUAGCAAGUGAGGCUGUAAUAAACCACAGAACAAUAACUGCAUUCUCUUCUCAGAAGAGAAUCUUAGGGAUAUUCAAAAACACUUUGAAAGGUCCUAAAGAGGAGAGCGUUAAACACGCCUGGCUCUCGGGUUUUGGUCUUUUCAGUGCUCAGUUUUUCAACACAGCUUCUACUGCAUUAGCUUACUGGUACGGCGGAAGACUCCUAACUGACGGGUCCAUAUCACCCGAGCACCUUUUUCAAGCGUUUUUGAUACUUCUUUUCACUGCUUACGUCAUUGCAGAAGCCGGCAGUAUGACUAAUGAUUUAUCUAAAGGAGGCGAUGCAAUUCGAGCAGUGUUCGCAAUCCUAGACAGGAAGAGCGAGAUUGAUCCGGAAAAUUCAUUUGGUUCAGACAUUAAGAAAGAGAUAAGAGGCCGUGUCGAUGUUAAAAAUGUGUUCUUUGCAUAUCCGUCACGACCUGAUCAGAUGAUCUUCAAGGGUCUGAACGUUAAAAUUGAUUCAGGGAAGACAGUGGCACUAGUGGGACCAAGUGGUUCAGGAAAAUCUACCAUCAUUGGCCUUAUUGAAAGAUUUUAUGAUCCAAUAAAGGGAUCAGUUUUAAUUGAUGGACAGGAUGUCAAAAACUACAAUCUGAGGAUGCUUAGAGCUCAUAUUGCAUUAGUCAGUCAGGAACCGACCUUAUUUGCUGGAACUAUCAGGGAGAACAUUGCUUACGGUAAACAGAACGCAAGAGAAUCGGAAAUACGAAAAGCUGCUCGUCGUGCCAAUGCAGAUGAAUUCAUCAGUGGAAUGAAAGAUGGGUAUGAUACAUACUGUGGAGAAAGAGGAGUUCAGCUAUCAGGAGGUCAAAAACAGAGGAUAGCACUCGCCCGUGCCAUACUCAAGAACCCAUCAAUCCUUCUAUUAGACGAGGCUACCAGCGCUCUAGACAGCGUCUCAGAGAAUUUAGUUCAAGAAGCACUCGAGAAAAUGAUGGUCGGAAGAACAUGCGUAGUUAUUGCGCACAGGCUAUCAACUAUACAGAAAUCCAACAUCAUUGCAGUUCUCAAAAAUGGGAGAAUUGUGGAAGAAGGCUCCCACAAUGAACUCAUGUCGUCGGGUCGUGGCGGAGUAUAUCAUUCUCUGGUAAAAGGGCAAAGCAGCAGCCCUUACCGUUGAAUCACAAUAAUUGUGAAUCAGAAUUGAUCAGAAAAAAAAAUUGAAUCCUAAACUUUAUAGACUUCGCUGCAGCUUUUACCUGAUGUCUCGAGCUUGGUAAAAUCACAUUGUCAGGAUUUUGGUUGCAGUUUUCUUAGAAGUUUUAGUAGAUUAUGUUAGAAAUUGUUCAGUUUGCUAGUUCUGUAAUUAUAAAAUGUAAGGAUAACAUAAUAAACUUGUUAUUCAACUUAAAUAUACAUCCCUCAAGUUUGAAGACAAUUGAA